AUGACUAGUUUCAAACAUCGCAUCAACACUUCAGUGCUACCAGGCGACAUUCUUUCGUAUAACGAUACGCAAUUCUACAAUGUUGUCAAACGAUUUGUUUGUAAUGAUGCAGCUGAUCUACUUGAAUUUCAAGCAAUUCGUAAUGCUGAUUCACUUGUAUUGAUACCUGAUGUAUUUGCCAUUCUAAACAUUAAUUGCGCUGCUUUACAACCAUUGAAAGAAAAACUUUGUUUAAAAUCCGAUGAUGAUAUCUCUUUGGUUAAACCAGGUAUUAAAAGUUUAAUGAAUUAUUUUUGCGAAUUGAUCAUCAAAAAACUAGAUGAAGAAUUAAAAUUAUUGAACAAAAGGCAGUCCUCGUCUACUACUUCCGUUUCGAAUAUCGUUACCAUGUCAUCUACUACGAAUGUAAGUCCAAUGCCUCAACAACAAUUGACUUCAACUACUCCUACGUCUGCUGCUGUAUCAUUACAUACUACUUCUCUGAACGAAAAAUAUCAUCGAAACUUCAUAAUAAAUUCUAUUCAUAAAUGGUGCAACAAACAUUCUGCUAAUUUAUCAUUAACUGAAGGCAAUAAUUAUCAUCUUACUGUUAUAUUCACAGACAUCAAUGAAAUAGCGAAAAUAAAAUGUGGAUGUGGAAGUAGAGUAAGUCUCGUAAAAAUUCGAAAACACUUUCAGCUGUCCAAUUUCUACAAGCAUCUGACGUCAUCAUCAUGUUCUAUCAUUCACAAAGAAAGUUCAACAACUGUAACAAAUGAAAUAGGUAUAAAUGAAAAUGACUCUAGUGAUAGUAAUAACUCAUCAUCACAAGAUGCCGUUUCUCUUAGUACAGUUCCAUCUACAAAUAAAGUUUCUUUUCUCAAUAAAAGUCAAAAUAAUCGAAAACGUGCUGCUUCGCCUAAUAUAACUAACAAGAAACAGAUUAAAAGUCCUUAA